AUGGCACGUGCAGACGAUCAUAAUAACCAACGAAGAGGUGAAAAAAAAUCUUCACUUGGUGCACCAUUUGCUAUACAAAUUCCAUGGUCACUUCAAGAUCCAAAAGACACUGUUGUUUCAAGCGAACAAUUUGGAUGCUUGAAAAAUGAUGACAAUGCACGUGAUGUUGCUCUUAAUUAUAUCCACAAUCCCGAACACUUUGCAACUGUAUGGAACUCAACAAAAACUUGUCCAAAUACACGACGUUUAAUGCGUAAAGUUGUACAAAUGCAAACAAUCAAUGCUACAUACAAUCGAUUCUUUCGACUUCCUGAUGGUACGAAAAUAGAUUUGAACGAAAAUAAAUUGACAUAUGCUGCUGAAAAUACCCGACAAUAUGGUAAUGAUUACGAAUAUGAUACAGUUUUUCAACAAAAAACAUAUGAACAACUUUCUCAAGUGUUUGUUGUUAAUGGAGAUUGUCUUGAUGCUACCAUGUGUUUCAAAGUGAUAUAUCCAAACUCGAAUCCCGUUGUAUUAAAUAUGGCUUCAUCUAGACAUCCUGGUGGUGGUUGGAAAAACGGCGCUGGUGCCCAAGAAGAAAAUCUUCAUCGUCGUACAAAUAUGUUUCAAUGUCUUGAAGAUCCUUAUCAUGAAUUAGAAGGUCAACGAGAUUGGCGCUAUUAUGUACCUGAAUUUGGUGGUAUAUAUAGUCCUAAUGUAAGUGUUUUUCGUGGUUCGGAAUCUAAUGGAUAUCCAUUUUUUCCGGAUGGUCCGGUAUAUAUUUCUUUCAUCGCUUGUGCUGCUUAUUCGCACCCAGCAACAGAAAAAGAUGAAAAUGAAGAAUUGAAAUUAAGUGAUAAACAUCAAAUAGAAAAUACAAAAAAGAAAAUGGAAGCUAUUUUCAAAAUUGCACUGGAAAAUCAACAUGAUGUUUUAAUACUAUCAGCUUUUGGAUGUGGUGCGUUCCAAAAUCCUCCUAAACAUAUUGCGCAGCUAUUUCAUGAAGUGAUUGAAACAAAAUAUAAAAAAUCAUUUAAAUAUAUAGUUUUUGCUAUUAUUGAUGAUCACAAUGCUAAGAAAAACCAUAAUCCAAUUGGUAAUGUUCAACCAUUUGCUGAAAUAUUUCAAGCGAAUAUUCUAUCCAUCGAUGAACUUCGAGAACAACUUCGAAAUACAGAAUUUUGA